GAUCUUCAUCAGUCGCUAUUUUUAGAGUCUUUUUAAUAAGUUCUUAAUAUCAUUUUAUUAAUUUAGUGUUUAAUUUAGAGUCAUUUUAAAUAAAUUGCAAUUUUUGGUUUAUUGAGUCAAUUAAGUGUUUUUCUCGAUUAAAACAAUAUUUUGUGUAGUUUUAUUUUGUUGGUUGAACUUAAUAGAUUUAUGGUUAAAUGUGGUGCAAAUAGUAAAAGAAGAGAAAGACAUUUGACCAUGCUAGCCCAAUUAAAGAAAGACACAUGUGGGCUUUUCCUCUAUUCUUCCAAUGAGGUGUGGACAUGUGUUUAAAAAGAGAAAACACCACAUGAAAUAAAGGUGGGCUGGCUGCGCAAGAAAGGAACGGAGACAGGAACAGGAGCGGCAGCAGGGGAAUAGAGAAAGAAAGGAAGGGAGCACUACAUGGAUAGAAGAAGAGGAAUGCCUACGAGAUAAAGUGACACCAUCAUGUUCCUCUUUGGUUUUAUUUUCUUUUUCCCCUUUUGUUUUUAUUUUACUAUGAGUUUCUAGUUUUCUUUUGAUUGGGUUUUUGUAAGAUGAACUUGUAUGAAUCUAUGAGUUUCAUAUGUUAGGCCUUUGAUCUAAUACUCUUUUGAUUAAUUCAAUUGGCUAUUCAAUUAAUAUUUAUGUUUAAUGCUUUAUGUGUAUUGAUAAAUGUUCAUGUAAUGAUUUAGAUUCAUAUUGAUUAAGAGAUUAAUCAUAUGAAUUGGACCUAAAUUGAUUGUUCAAUCUUAUAAUUGUUCUAGAAAUAGGGAAUUGGAGGUUGUGACUUAUUGUUUAACGUUCAAUGUUUGCCUAUUUUAACUAUUCAAUUGGCCUAAGAUAUUAGGGGAUUAUAGUGUAAAAUAGUGAGUUAUACACCAUGAGAAUGGGUAUAGUGGCUUAGUUAAACCGUCAUGGUAAUUGAAUUGAUCAUCACAAGGGUAUUAGACGCUAACAUCCAUAGUGAAAUACGAGGGAUUCGAAAUAAACCCAAUCACUUUCUUUAAUUGUUGAAUUUGAACCUAGCUUUUUACUUUUAAGUGUUAAUCAUAUGCUAUGCAAAUCCCCCCAAAUGUCAUUUUAUUUUCUCCUAAGUAUUAAGCAAAUUGUUUUAGUUUAAGUUAAUCUCAAUCCCUGUGGAUUCGAUACUUUUUAUAUUACUUGACGAACAUUUGGUACACUUGCCAAAAUUUAUCAAGUUUUUGGCGCCGUUGCCGGGGAUUGUUAAUUAAUUUUGACAAGGCAAUUUAGCUUUACUUAGGAUUUUAGUACAUAAUUAUUAUUUUUCUUUCUAUUAUUUAGCCUUAUUAGUUUUUCUUUUAUAUUGCUGUGCUGCUUGGGUAUUUGUUUGUUUGUGUUUGCUCAGGUACAAUUGAAAUGGCGGAGGUGCAACCACUGCCACCACCAAGGAGAACCUUGGGAGAUUAUGGUAGAGGAGCAAAUGGAGAUCAAGAUCUUAGAGGGUUUCAACCGGCAAACCCGGUAGCUUUUGAUAUCAGAAGUUCCGUCAUAAAAGCUUUAAAGGAGAACAAGUUUUCUGGGUCCGACUCAGAGUGUCCAAAUCUGCAUUUGAGUAACUUCUUAGAUGUGUGUGAUUACACCGACCCUCCGGGUGUCUCGGAAUGUGCCAAAAGGUUGAGGCUAUUCAAAUUUUCUCUUACCGGAAGAGCCAGAGAUUGGCUGGAUACCUUGCCUAACGGGACAAUUAAAACAUGGAACGAAUUGAGAGUCAAAUUUUCGGAGCGCUUUUUCCCAAUUUACAAGUUCCUAGAAAAAAAAGCCGAGAUCACAAACUUCGAACAAGGAGAUUCCGAGUCUCUUUAUGACGGAUGGGAAAGGUUCAAACUCCUCUUGAAGAAGUGUCCCGAUCAUGGUGUGGAUAAUUUGGCUCAAAUGCAAUAUUUUACUCAAGGUUUAAGAGCACAAACUCGCAUGUUACUUGAUGUAUCCGCGGGUGGUUCCAUUAAUAACAAGAUUGCAAAUGAGGCUAAAGAGCUUGUGGAAACCAUGGCGCAAAAUGAAUAUAGAGCUCUAAAUGAGAAAGGAGCUAAGAAUAAAGUGAGUACGUUGGAGCUUGACACUCAAAGGGCUUUGUUAGCAAAUUUCAAGCUCAUGAAUGUUCACAUGGAGACUUUUAUAAAUCACUUGACCACCAACAAGCUUGUUCAUGCUCAAGUACAACAAGUGUCAACAUCACAAGCUCAACUUCCACCAAGUAGACCUUCACCAUUGGAAGAAACUCUUUCUCAAGUCAUGAAGACGAUACAAGUAAACUUCGAGGCUAUGAAGACAAGUCAAGAAGCUAUGAAGAUAAGUCAAGAAUCAACAAAUAAAAAUCAUGAAGCCUACAUCAAGAAUUUAGAAAUGCAAAUGGGCCAAUUGUCUAGGCAAGUUGCGUCGUCAUCUAAUGGUGGAUUUGAAGGAAACACAUGCAAUAAUCCUAAAAAGGAGAGUUGUAAUGCAAUUCAUUUGCGAAGUAGAGUGGUGCCUACAACGGUAAGUGAGCCACGUUCCAAGGAAAAUAUGUCAAUUGAAGUUGAGGAUGAGGUGGUAAAAGGAAGGAGUGGAAAGGAAAAAUAUCACGAGGGAGAAGUUGAAAAUGAGAGAAAUGGUGAGCUUGAGAAAGAAGUCGAAAAUAAGAGUGAAAAUGAAAAAAUAGAAAAAAGUGAGAAAGAAAAAGAAAAGGAGGGAGGAGUUGAAAAUGAGAGAAAGGUGAAAGAGAAGAAAAAAGAUGAUGCAAACUUUGUCGAUAACGACUCAAAUUUGAAGAAAAUUAAGAAUAAAAUUUUGAAAGAUGAAGAAAAAGCUCAAGUAGUUCUACCUCAUGAAAAACUACCCUACCCUCACAAAAAGAAAAGUAAGAGAAAAGAUAUUGACUUUAAGAAGUUCAUGGAGAUGUUUAAUAGCCUUCAAGUCACAAUUCCGUUUAUGGAAGCUUUGGAGCAAAUGCCUAUGUAUGCCAAGUUCAUGAAGGAGUUGUUGACUAAGAAGAGGAAGCCUAAAGAGGAUGAAACCGUGUUGUUGACGGAAGAGUGUAGUGCAAUUCUUCAAAGAAAACUUCCACAAAAGAAGAAAGAUCCCGGUAGUUUCACUAUACCUUGUUCUAUUGGGAAUUUACAUGUUGGGAGAGCACUUUGUGACUUAGGAGCAAGCAUCAACUUGAUGCCCCUCUCUAUGAUGAAAAAAAUACCCGGUGCCAUAGCUAAACCCACCAAGAUGCAAUUAUCUCUUGCGGAUCGGUCAAUCGCGUACCCCUAUGGAAUCUUACAAGAUGUUUUGGUAAGAGUGGCCGAAUUUGUCUUUCCGGCGGAUUUUGUAAUUCUCGAUAUGGAGGAAAAUGCCGAAGUGCCUCUUUUAUUGGGAAGACCCUUUUUGGCAACCGGGAGAGCUCUAAUUGAUGUGGAGAUGGGUGAUUUAAUAUUGAGGUUCAAUGAUGAGAAAGUUAACUUCAACAUUUUUGAAGGUAUGAGAAAUCAAGAUGAGAUUCCACAAUGCUUUAAAGCGGAUGUCAUUGAAGAUGAGAGUGAGAACUCAAAGAAAGAAGCAACAAAGUCAAUUUCUCCGGAUUUGAAAACACUCCCUUCUAAUGGGAAAUUUGUAUUUUUGGGAGAUGAUUAUAAGCAACCGGUGAUCGUUAGUAGGUUGCUCACCCUUAUGAAGAAGGAGGAAAAGAGGAGCCGAGUGGAAUCAAAUUUGAAGUAUCCUCCCUAACGUGGAUGAUGAUGCGUCCAGCUCGGGACGUUAAACACGCGCUUCAUGGGAGGCAACCCAUGGGAUCUCUAUGGUCCAUUUAUAUCCUUUUUCUCUCCCUUUAUAUUUAAGUACUUUUAUCUUUUCUUUGUAGUGUCUAUAAUAAUUGACUGAUCUUGGAUGACUGUGAUGAUCACUUGCACAUUUUACUUUGUUUUUAAUGAGCACCUUUAUCUUUUGGAAAGUCCCGUUUGUUUGACACCAUCUUUUCAUUCACUUCUAUAUACAAUUAUCUUGGUUUUUAAUUUGAGCAUCUGAAAUGAAAUUUCUUGCAGUGCAACGGAUUUUUGCGAUUGGUGGAUUGAAAGACAAGCUGAUGAACAUUCACAAUUUUGACCGUUCGAUAAUUCGGCCGUUUAACCGUGAGAUUUUGAGCCUAAACACUUGGAUUGUUUCUCGCUAUUAAAAGAAGAGAAAGACAUUUGACCAUGCUAGCCCAAUUAAAGAAAGACACAUGUGGGCUUUUCCUCUAUUCUUCCAAUGAGGUGUGGACAUGUGUUUAAAAAGAGAAAACACCACAUGAAAUAAAGGUGGGCUGGCUGCGCAAGAAAGGAACGGAGACAGGAACAGGAGCGGCAGCAGGGGAAUAGAGAAAGAAAGGAAGGGAGCACUACAUGGAUAGAAGAAGAGGAAUGCCUACGAGAUAAAGUGACACCAUCAUGUUCCUCUUUGGUUUUAUUUUCUUUUUCCCCUUUUGUUUUUAUUUUACUAUGAGUUUCUAGUUUUCUUUUGAUUGGGUUUUUGUAAGAUGAACUUGUAUGAAUCUAUGGGUUUCAUAUGUUAGGCCUUUGAUCUAAUACUCUUUUGAUUAAUUCAAUUGGCUAUUCAA